CAUGUGCCUUUCGAAUCGACCAGAAUAUAUCAUUUCUCUCGGUUCUAGACUGGAUGGCUUCGAUCUUUGGCACCUUGCAGUAGAAAACGAAAGAAUUAGGUAACUACCUAGCCUAGGGUUUAUGAUCCAGAUUCCAGAUGCUGGAAAGAUGAGGCGGGAGUGGAUCGCAUGGACAAGGUGGAGGAAUCGGUGGCCACCGUGCUGACGCAGUGCUGCUCGGAGCUCGGACUCGCCGACGCCAGCGACGACGGUGAGAAGAAGAAGAAGCCCUCUCCUCCUCCCCACCUCUUCCAAUGGGAAGAAUACGAAAACUCCCUCGCUCGUCUCUGCGGCCUCGCCACUCUCCUCUCCAAAGCCCGCGCAUCCAAGGAAUCCGCCGCUCGCAAGCUCGAGACUCUUGUGGAAACUGUGAACUUGGUCGAGCUCAAACGGAUCGACGCGUUGGAAUCUCUACACAAGAAGGUGGAACUCCGGCGAAAAGCGGUGGAGGAUUCGACGUCCUCUCUGGAAGAAAAAAACCAGCAGCUCAAGGAUGCCAGGGACAAGUUGGCGUUGUCCGGGAAUUCUUUGCUUCACGCUGCUAGAUCCUUGAAUGCAGCGCAGUUUCGAUUGCAGGAGGCCCAGAAGCUUUUGUCUGGUGAUGGUGGCUAUGGCAGACUUGCUCGCCUCAAGGGGCUUCUCACCGUUCGAAGGCGUGCCAUGGCUGCGCAAGUUGCUGCUUUGUAUCCACUCAUUCCAUGCACAAACGAGAAGAAGUGUCCGCCUCUUGCUCACGCAGGCGAAGGUGACAGCGUUCCACUUACUAUCUCGGGUCUGCACGUCAUUGCUCCUGUCAAAAAGGAAGCCGCGCUCUUCACCGACAAGCGAGAGUACGAAACAUCGGCCACAGCACUCGGACACGUCGCUCAUAUGCUCUCCCUGUUGUCUCGCUUCCUGGACAUCCGGCUUCGCUACCCCGUGAGAUACCGAGCCUCUCGAUCUUACAUCCAAGACCCUUCACCUCCGACCGAGCCGUCGACCAGCGGUGGUGCCAUUGUCUUGCCGGCUGUAGAGAAUCAGCUAGUUGAGUUCCCUCUUUUUUCAGAUGGCCAAGAGCCUACGAGGGCGGCUUAUGCAGUCUUUCUUCUAAACAAGGAUCUGGAGCAAAUUUUGGAUCGCUUUGAGACAGCCAGCGCUGGUCCCAGGCAUGUACUUCCUAAUCUCAAGAGAAUCCUCAAAGUGAUGUUUCGGGAUGGCCGAUUCCUUGCAUAGCAUAAAUGUAAAACGUUUCUUUGUAUCCAAAACUUUCAUUUUUGGCGAGA